UGCUUUUAGGAUAAACACAAAUGUCGACCUAAUCGUUAAUGGCACUGAGGUAAUGAGAGCUCUGGGAUUAAAGCCAGGGGAAGCUGCUGAUCAUGCGACGUUACAAAACAUGCAACAUCUCCAGGAGGCAUUUACGUUUUUCUUUGGCAAAGGCUCAGCUGCAGAAAGAUAUUAUGAAGAUGAAGCAGGAUUCAAUUCUGUUGUAACUGCUGCUUCGUCAUUACAAAAUGCACAGUGGUACAUAGGAGGAAAUGCUGCUCUAAUGGCACAGAAAAUAUCUUCAACAUUUCCUGAAACAGAGGUGAUGCUGGUGGGGCCCGUUGGUCCGAAACUGCUCUCCCUGCUCCACACUUCAGUAAAAGUGCCGGAGAAGGCCCUCAUAGAUGAAGAUGAGGUGCAUCUGAUUAUGGAGUACCAGAAGAAUGAGAUAUGGGGAGGCCGCAGCGCUCCGGUCGCAAAUCGAUUCAUAACCUCACACGACGAGUCCAACUCGCAUUUACUCAUGCAGCAUGCUUUCUUUGAUACUUUGGCUUCAUGGGAUCCGGACCUAAUUGUUCUGGCCGGCUUGCAUCUCUUGGAUGGUCAUGAGGAGUCGCUGUGGCAAAAGAAACUGCAAGGGCUCAGAGAACACCUGAAGACAUUGCCCACAUCCACGCCCAUUCAUCUUGAGGUAGCCAGCAUGGCGGACCGGAAUUUCACGGCACAAGUAGUGACACAGCUGUUUCCGUUCGUCGACUCGAUCGGUUGCAACGAGCAGGAGCUUGCGUUCCUCUCGCACGCAGCGGGCGGACCGCACGCCAGCAUGUACGUAGAGGGCGUCGCCGUGCAGCCUGACCUCGACAAGGUCGUCGACAUCAUGCACUGGCUGCUGACGUCGCUAGGCGAUCGGCUGUCACGCGUGCACUACCACAGUCUAACCUAUCACGUCAUAGGCGUGCGGACGGACCGCUGGAACAACACACGGCAGGCGAUCGCGGCCGGCGCGCGGGUCGCCGGCCAGCAGGCGUGCAUGCAGCUGGAGCUGACGCCGGACAUCGUCGAGCUGCGCAUGCCGCGCGACGUCCGAUUCGGCGACGACGCGUCGCUGACCUACGACCCGACGCAGCCGGCCGUCGGCUGGCAGCGCGGCGACGUCUCGUACUACUUCUCGCCGGUGCUCAUCUGUAAGGAGCCGCUGAGAACUGUAGGUCUCGGCGACGCCAUCUCCUCCACCGCGCUCAUCUACUCAGAGUUUGUGAGGUGAGUGGGCGAGGCUCUCCCACAUCUACUCGGCGUUUGUGAGGUGAGUGGGCGAGGCUCUCCCACAUCUACUCGGCGUUUGUGAGGUGAGUGGGCGAGGCUCUCCCACAUUUACUGAUCAGAGUUUGUGAGGUGAGUGGAUGAGGCACUCGUCUCAUCUGUCUCAUCUACUCAGAGUUUGUGAGGUGAGUGGGUGAUGCUCUCCCUCGUCUGCCUCAUGUACUCAGCUUAUGUGGUGGUAGGGUGAGGGGCAUUGUUCUACCUAUCUCACCUACGUAGGAAAGUGGGAGGUAAGCCGAGUAGCGAUUUAUAUUAUUUGAAGUUACUUAUGCGCCAGUAUUUUGCUACUAUCAAUUUCGUUUCUGCUCUGCUUUGAGUUGGGUCAUGAAAAGAGUCGAAAUAAGAUAUAGUUGAGAAUAAAUGGGUGAUAGGUGUUAUUUAUUUUAGCCCAAUAUUAUAAUUGACCAGUUUUAACUCACACGAGCUAUCCAAUGUACUGUAAUGAAUUUGUGCACGUAUGCUGGGAUGAUGCUGGGAUGAUGCUGGUUUGCGUGACCCAUGGAGUCCAUACAGUCAUAUCUCUUGGUGAGAUAUGUUACAAACGUUACCAGGGAAAGCUUGUGGCUUAGAAGCGCACCCAGUAUUUUGCACUGGUUGUGAUUAGGUAGAAGGUAUAUAUAGUUAGGGAUGUAGAAAGAGAGAGAGUGUGUGUGUGUUUGUGUGUGUGUGUGUGUGUGUGCGUGUGUGCGUGCGUGCGUG